AUGAACCGUCUCAAUGGAUUGCUCUUCCGCUCAACCACCACGGACACCCUGUCGACCGAAACAAAAAGUCUUCCCGUCGGCCAGCUCGAGUCCCUCCGGUUCAAGACCGACCCGAUCAUCCUCUCCAAGUACAACAUCCUCCUCUCCCAGUCCCACGGCCUGCCGAUGACCCUCUCCGCCGCGCACCAGGCGAGCGCCGCGGCGCUGGGCAAUCGGUACGAGAAGACGGCGCUCGCGCCGCGCGCGCCGCUGUCGGACGCGCAGGUCGACGCCGACUACUCCAGCCAAGCUAUGGGAUCCCCAUCUCAGGGGCACGUGGCUCCGUGGUGA